AUGCCAACUCAGCCUCUCUUGGCAUACAUGGAUGGACCGGAUGGAAUAGCCAGUACUGUUGGUGCACAGAUGGAGAAUAAUGAUGCCUCAAUGACAAUAAAAGGAACAAACACAAUUUCUUACAAAACCUUGCAAGAAAAGUUUCUCAUGCAAGCUGAGGGAUGCAUGCCCCUGGACUGCAUGUUUUGUGAUGAGACUUUUAAACAUCCUGAAGAACUUGGUAAGCAUGUUUUAACUCAGCAUAGGCCCACUCUUUGUGAACCAGCUGUCCUGCGUGUUGAAGCACAGUAUCUUAGUCAUCUAGAUAAAUGUCAAGUAAGAACAAACUUGCCUUCACCGAACAACGAAAAAGACAGUGAAGAACUUAGUUGUGAAGUUUGUGGACAAACAUUUGAUGAAGCUUUUGAUGUUGAGGCACACAUGAGAAAGCACAAAGAUUCUUUCACAUACUGGUGUAAUGUAUGUGGAAGAAGAUUUAAAGAGCCGUGGUUCCUCAAAAAUCACAUGAGAACACAUACUGGAAAACCUGGUUCUAGAAACAAGCACCAACAAGGCUCUGAAAGCCCUGUAACAAUAAACGAGGUGGUACAGGAGCACGUAACUGAAAAUGUAACAUCACCUUACAAAAUUUGUAUGGUUUGUGGUUUCCUAUUUCUCAAUAAAGAGACUUUAAUUGAGCACAGUAAAGUGCACACCAAAGAAUCAGUACCCAGUGGUGAAAGCCGCCAAGUGACUGGUGAACCUAAUGCAGAAGAAACAUCUCGAAGAGAGGAAUUUUUGCGAUUCUUGAACUUGAGACCAAACUUGGGUCCAGAAAAUGACAAAUCACAAAAACCUGUAAAAUGGAUAGCUGAACUAGAUCCUUUCAAUACAUAUCAAGCAUGGCAGCUGGCUACCAAAGGUAAAAUUGCAGUUGGCCAUGGCCAAACUAAAGAACCAGGGCAAGAAGGAAGUACAGACAAUGAUGAUUCAUGUUCUGAAAAAGAAGAAUUCAGUGAAGUUUGGAAUGCAAAUAAAGGUAGCCAGACUGAAACUACAGGGAAAUCAAAAGUAAAUAAAAACAGCAGUUAUACAGGGAAUGGUAACUUAUCCCAAGACAAAUUGAAACAUCCCAGUAGUGAAGUGCCUUCUAUGGAGAUGGAUUCUAAAUUGUCGCAGAACAAAGAGAAGCCAACACACUGUUCAGAGUGUGGUAAAGCCUUCAGAACAUACCACCAGCUAGUCCUUCAUUCCAGAGUACAUAAAAGGGACAGGCGGACUGAUGGAGAGAGUUCAGCUGCUUCGAGAACGUGCUGUGCUGAUAUAAUUGCAAGUCUGGAUGAAAAUGGAGCAGGAGAACGAAUAGAAGGAGGCUCUGAAGAUGGAUCUGAAGAUGGACUUCCAGAAACACUUAAUUUAGAUAAAAAUGAAGAUGGUUUGGAAAGAGCAAAAGUUAAAACCCUUGGAGCCUCCAGAGAAUGCAGCUAUUGUGGAAAGUAUUUUCGCUCAAAUUAUUACCUCAAUAUUCAUCUCAGAACUCAUACAGGUGAAAAACCGUACAAAUGUGAAUUCUGUGAGUACGCAGCAGCACAGAAAACUUCACUGAGGUAUCAUUUAGAGAGGCAUCACAAGGACAAGCAAGCUGAUAGUGCAGCAGACGUGAAAAGUGACAGCAAAGUUUCAUUACAGAGUCAGGAGACUGAGCGCUUGCUGGCUGCUGAUGGUGCUCAAGAAACCAAAAAUUUGAAGAGGCUUUCUGAUUGUGCCAAAGAUGCUGAGGGCUACCCACCUACCAAGCAGCAAAAGGAACUUCUGUCUUUGAACAAUGCAACAGGUAGCACAGUUCUUUUAAAAAUGAAAAAUAAUUCUAGGGAAUCGAAUAAAGGUUCUGUUUGUAACAAUUCAAAUCAAAUACAUGAGAACAUGUCCACUCCUUACCUGGAAAAACUAAAGGCUGAGAAGGAAACGAAGGAAGCUCAGCCCAGUGUUCCUCAUAAAAGAGAGAGAAAAGCUUCUGUGGCAUCAGAGGGAGAUGACGUCCAGUAUGUUUGUGCUUUAAAGGAUGGAAAAAAUGUGAAUGAUGUGCGAGAGUGCACUGAAAACUACAAACACAAACCUAUGGUGGACUCUCAAGGAAAGCCCUUGGACUUAUCUAUUAGGACUUCACAAGAAUGUUUAGUGGUUUCAACUAGAGACCCACUAGCACCCAGCACCUGUCCAUUUUGUCCUUACAGAACACUUUAUCCAGAAGUCCUAAUGAUGCACCAGAGGCUGAUGCACAAAUACAAUCCUGACACCGUUAACAAAAAUGGCUGUAGAAACAAGGCUGUAGCUAAAGCCAGACGCACUGGAUGCCCUCCAGCUCUGCUUGGUAAAGAUGUGCCUCCCCUGUCUUUUAAUUCUAAUAAAUGUAAGGCUUCCCCACCUACACAGCAAAAACCGUUGCAAACAGGGAAAGCUAAACAAUGUCACCCUCCACAGAACAAAGUCCCUCUCUUGUCAAUGACUGACUCAAGCAGCACAGCCCCAAGUAACCUCAAGUUUCACAAACAGCAAAGUAAUGUUGGAGCUCAGGCAAAUAACAAUAGACAACCUCAGCAAGAAAUGCACUCCAGUUCCAGUAUCUCUCCAGUAUUGGACAGAGUAAAAAGAUUUGAAUCUAAAGUAAAAGCUCCAAGUGUCCCAGUGUCUCAAUCUGGUCUGGUAAGCAGCAGUAUGAAUGGGGCUCUCGACUCUCAUGUAAAUGAACCUGCCUGGUCUUGUCAUCGAGGAAGAGACUAUCUUUGUAGUAAAUCUGUGAGCAAUGUAAAUCUAGACUAUGGUGAAACAUCUUCUAAACGAAUGAAACCUAAUCUGUUAGCUACUGAACAUAUUGACUCUCCAAUGGCUAAUUACAGAAGAUACGAAAUGAGCAGAUUUCGUGUUGCAAACAGAUAUGCAAAUCUGCUACCUCAGGAAUGUUCUCGCACCAAACCUGCAUCCUCUGUUUUGCCAACCAAACAAGGGCUUCUGAAUUCGGAUGAUGAUCCUCCUAAUGUAUUGACUGUUCUCAAACCCUAUGAGCCAUAUAGCUCUGGAUCACUUUACAGUUCUUGUGGAUCUAGCAAUGGCCAAGUAACCAGCUCUACAGUAGAAGGAAAGAGAUCAGUGUCAUACCAACACUUACCUAGCAGUGUGCUACAAAAGCGAAGUUAUGAAAGUUUCAUUGGCAAUGCACACUUUCGACCAAGCGACAAGAAGACUUAAUCGUUUACUUCAAGAAACGGUCUAAGGACACAAGUGCAUGUUCUAUGGAGUUAUACUUGCAGUUCAUCCCUUGAGUAAAAAUGAAUGGUGAAAGCUACUGAACUAAGCUGUGAUUGUACUGUAUAUAAAAACACUACAGUUUUAUAAUACUGGUUCUGUUAACAUUUUGUACCAAAUAGCCAUAAAGAGUAGUCUAAACAAUUGGGUUAUGAAGGUGUGUGGAGAAUGUAUAUCUUGACAUUGACUCUUGAGUAUUUUUCAUUAGAAUUAAUUGACCAAAUAUUAGGUAGGAAUUAUAUUUUUACAUACUUGAGUGCUGCUGAAGAGUUUUUCUUUGAAAGAAUAUAUAAUCCUUGCACCUCAGGUAAACUGUAAAUACUGAAGUUGAAAUCCUGUUGGCUUAAUGCUCCUUUUUCAUAAAGGUGAAAGUUUCUCAUCUGUUUUUUUUUCUGUUGAACUAUGUUAUUUUUUAAAACCAACUUCCAAAUACACUGUCUGAAACUGUCCAGUUUAUAAAUGGUGGGAACAUCAAAGCAACGGUGCUGACAUUAUGCUGAUCUGCCUCGUGUAUGUUAGGACCAUAAUGUGUUGGAGGGAUCUGUUUCCCUGGGGUUGUUUCCAGCAUAUUUUGAAAUGCAAGGAUGAGGCAAUACUUGACAUUUGGAUUUCAGUGUGGCGUUCCUGAAAUACGGUUGGAUUCUUCCCUUGGCAUUGGUUGCUGUUCUUCAGAGAAGCCUCUUAAACAAACAUCUCUACCAACAUACA